AUGGAUCCGCCAGAAUGCAAAAUGACUUGGCAUGGAGCGGAGUACGUGGGGAAGCAGAACGUGACGAUUUGGGGGUUUCCUUGUCUACCUUGGCUCACGCUGAUUAAUGAGGAUUCGGGGCUCAUCUUACAAGAUGAAUUGGAUGGAGGUCACGCGUUUUGUCGUAACGAUGACUUCUUCGCAGGUGGUCCGGGAUGUUACAUCUCCAGGGAAAUGACUUGGCGUUAUUGGCGAUCUUGCGACGUUCCAUUUUGUCCCACCGUCGGAAAAUGCGACGUUCGAAUUGGAGGGAAAUGCGUCACUCCACUAGAAUGUAAGGAAGACGUGAAGGGGGAAUCAUACAUAGGCACGAAAAAUGUGACCUUGAAAGGACACAAGUGCCUGCCGUGGAUUGCUGGACGGAUGGAAAUAGAACAAGAUAUAUAUUCGGACUAUGAGGGAAAUGAAGAUCGCUCGAUCAGAAAUCUCCACCUCUUGAUAUUGGACGACUUGCAUCCAAAGCACAACUUCUGUCGGAACUGGAACAAUGACGUGGAAGGUCCUUGGUGUUACAAGAGCGAUGAGAUUGGUCGGGAAUAUUGUGAUAUUCCCAUCUGUAGCUAA